UGUGCAGGGGAUUGAUAAAGAAUGGAGAACGGCAGGAUGAGGAGAGCGUGGGUGGACGACGCAGGACAGAAGCUCUCCGGCAGCUGUGUCAGAUGAACCCUUCUCAGGCUCUGAACAUCAGGGCCAUGGUGGUGGAAGAGUGUCAUCUUCCAGGUCUGGGCGUUGCUCUAACGCUGGACUAUAAGCCAGAUAUGGCAGAUGAGGCGGUCAGUCCUCUUGUGUCUUAUGUCAGCGGCCUACUUCUGGGCACCAAUGGAAAAGUGCGUACCUGGUUCAGUAUGUUCAUUCGCAACGGUCAGCAGAGGAAAAGAGAGAGCAGCUCAGUGCUGUGGCAAAUGCGGAGGCAGCUGCUGUUGGAGCUGGUGGCCAUCUUACCCCGUUCGCGCAGUACCCACGUUCCCAAUGACACUGACAUGGACUCCGAGAGCAGCUCGGGGUACUCUGGCCUGCGGGAGGAGCACGUUGUGAAGGCCAGCGCACUGCUGCGGCUCUAUUGCGCACUUAUGGGGAUAGCUGGUCUUAGGCCCACAGAUGAAGAGGCGGAGCAGCUGUUGCAGUUGAUGACCAGUCGUCCACCAGCCACGCCUGCAGGAGUGCGCUUUGUCUCCCUGUCCUUCUGCAAACUGCUGGCGUUCCCUACCCUCGUCAG